AUGCCGCCUGUCUGGGGAAAAAAGUACUUGAUGGAGCUAGGGCUUGAGUCCUGGGAACAACUCGAGAAGCUCGCUAAGCAGAAACUUAAGCAAGAUGAUAGGGAUUGGGAGGCAAAAGUGGCUCACGAAUUGAGCCAAGAAUCAACGCAAGAAGCUACAACACAACGCCAUGUAGCGCGACGAAAAGCCAAGGGAAAGGUAAUCAGCUACAAUGAGGAGAUACCUACUCCCCCUCGCCCUAGGAGAAUCAUCAAGAUCAAGGUUCCAAAGAGAUCUCACAAUGAGGCCCAGCAAGAACACCACCAAGCUCCUGGACCAGCCAGCGCCGGUGACGAGCAAGAUUCCGAUGGCAUGUCUGUACGUUCUAUUGACGACGAACUACCCAAUGCCGAGGAUCUCGAGUUUCUUGACGACGAGGGCAACGAACCUGAGCCUACAGGAUCUGAAGCCUCUUUCGCAUCCGGCUCUGAAGAUAUCCCAAUGUCCGACACGUCUGACUCCGACACCUCCUCUCCAGAAGCCACUCCCGACAGAGACCUUGGCAUCGAUUUAGACUCCGAUUAA